CGAGAGGAGUGUGAAGUGUAGGGAAUAAUGUUGGAUGUCGGAAAAAGUUUAAACGAUGAUCGAAACGAUUAAUGCAGGCGAGAUGUUUAUUACCAGAACUCUUGAAAAAAUUCUGAAUGAUCGUGAAAUUAAGAAGUCGUAUCAUUCACAACUUAAAAAAGCUUGUGAAGUUGCUUUAGAUGAAAUCAAGAAGGAAACAAAAAAUCUUAGUCAGAAAGAAAAUAAUGCAUCCUCAACCUUGCCUCUACCAAGUCUAAAGGGGAGAAACUUGAUGCUGAUAAAUACUUCUUACCUUUUGAGCUGGCAUGCCAGUCAAAAUCUCCUAAAAUUGUUGUUACAGCACUAGACUGUGUGCAGAAACUUAUUGCCUAUGGACACUUGACGGGUAAUUCUGCUGAUGCCACUGACUCCAAUAAGCUACUAAUUGACAGGAUAGUAGAGACAAUUUGUGGUUGUUUUCAUGGUCCUUCUACAGAUGAUGGUGUCCAAUUACAGAUCAUAAAGGCUUUGCUGACAGUAGUAACAUCUCAAGCUUGCGAGGUCCAUGAAGGCAGUAUUCUUCAGACAGUCCGGACAUGCUACAACAUAUACUUGGCAAGUAAAAACCUUGUCAACCAGACAACAGCCAAAGCAACACUUACACAAAUGUUGAAUGUAAUAUUCAGUCGAAUGGAAGCACAAUCUGCUUCAGAUUCCAAGAUAAAAGAGGAAACAUCAGAUCAAGACGUACAUGAAAAGGAUUCAAGAGCUUUGUCUAUGUCAGAUAGUGUUGCUUGUGAGUUUGUACCAGGAGAUGAUCAAGUGAUAGUAGUUGAAAAAGUAGACAAUUGUUCAGCCAGUCAAGAAGGACUUGGACCAGAAUAUUCACAUGAUAAGAUAAACCUAUCUGAACAGCAUUCAGACUCUUUGCCAAAACAGAUAGCUGAAUCCAUCUUGAAUGAAAUAGUUGAUCAAGUUGUGAAUGAUACUGACAUCUCAAAGUCACUUCCUGAGAGUCCUGCUCCAAAUGUCUUUACAACAGAAGACAAUUCCUCGCCACCAUUCUUGCCAAGGGUUCCCUCUCAGGACAGUCUAGAGACUGCUGAAUCCUCUGCUGAACCCGUCCAGGCUAAGUUCUCACAUGUAUUACAAAAAGAUGCCUUUCUUGUAUUCCGCUCUCUUUGUAAACUGAGCAUGAAGCCACUUCCUGAGGGUCAUCCUGAUCCAAAAUCUCAUGAAUUGCGAUCAAAGAUUCUGUCUUUGCAACUGCUGCUUUCUAUCUUACAAAAUGCUGGCCCAGUGUUUCGCUCAAAUGAAAUGUUUAUCACAGCCAUUAAGCAGUAUCUCUGUGUUGCCUUGUCUAAGAAUGGUGUAUCAUCAGUAGCUGAGGUGUUUGAGCUUUCUUUGGCUAUAUUUUUGGCUCUCUUGCAGAAUUUUAAAACUCACCUAAAAAUGCAGAUAGAGGUAUUUUUCAAAGAAAUAUUUCUGAAUAUCCUUGAAACUCCAAGCAGCAGUUUUGAGCACAAGUGGAUGGUCAUACAGGCUCUAACACGAAUAUGUGCAGAUGCACAAUGUGUUGUCGACAUCUAUGUGAAUUAUGACUGUGAUUUGACAGCAGCCAACAUAUUUGAAAGACUCGUCAAUGAUUUAUCAAAAAUAGCUCAGGGCAGGCAAGCAUUAGAAUUAGGAGCCACUGUCAAUCAGGAAAAAUGUAUGAGAAUCAAAGGACUGGAAUGCUUUGUGUCUAUUUUGAAGUGCAAAGUGGAAUGGAGUAAAGAUUUAUAUGUUAAUCCUAACCAGCAAACCAGUCUUGGUCAGGAACGACAAAAACCUCAUUUGGAUGACUUAGAUUCAGGCAAAGGAACUAUGACAAGCUAUGGUAGCACAAAUUCUCUAAGUUCUACAAACAGCUCACAUGGUGGCAGCUCUGUAGCCUUAACAUCUCUUCCUGAUAACCCAGAACAGUUUGAGGUUUUGAAACAACAGAAAGAGAUCAAAGAACAGGGAAUAGACCUCUUUAAUAGGAAACCCCGACGUGGAAUUGCAUACUUACAAGAACAUGGUUUACUUGGUAAAGCUCCAUGGGACAUUGCUGAUUUGUUCCAUUCUGAUGAUAGACUUGAUAAGACCCAGAUUGGAGAUUUUCUGGGAGAAAAUGAGAAAUUGAAUCGUGAGGUGAUGUAUGCAUAUGUAGAUCAGAUGGAUUUCAGUGGAAAGGAUUUUGUGUCUGCUUUAAGAAUAUUUCUGGAAGGUUUUCGCUUACCAGGAGAGGCCCAAAAGAUUGACAGACUCAUGGAAAAGUUUGCUGCACGCUAUUGUGAAACAAAUCUGAAUAAUGGACUUUUUGCCAGUGCAGAUACUGCUUAUGUACUAGCUUAUUCCAUCAUAAUGUUGACCACAGAUCUUCAUAGCCCUCAGGUGAAAAGCAAAAUGACAAAAGAGCAAUAUAUAAGAAUGAAUCGAGGAAUUAAUGACAGCAAAGACCUGCCUGAGGAUUAUCUCUCUCAAAUUUAUGAUGAGAUUGCUGGUAAUGAAAUCAAGAUGAAAGCCACAUCAAACAAGCCUAGUGGCCGUCAAGGAUUAUCUAGUGAGAAAAAGCGGAGAUUACUAUAUAACAUGGAAAUGGAACAAAUGGCCCGGACAGCAAAAUGCUUGAUGGAGAGUGUAAGCCAUGCUCAGGCUCCGUUCACCAGUGCUAAACAUCUAGAACAUGUACGACCUAUGUUUAAGAUGGCAUGGACUCCAUUCCUUGCUGCCUUUAGUGUGGGUCUUCAAGAUUGUGAUGAUCCAGAGAUUGCUGCCUUUUGUUUGGAUGGAAUCCGAUGUGCAAUUCGGAUUGCCUGUAUCUUUCACAUGAGGUUGGAACGUGAUGCAUAUGUUCAGGCCUUGGCUCGCUUCACUCUUCUGACUGCCAACUCUCCAAUCACAGAGAUGAAAACCAAAAAUAUUGAUACUAUUAAGACUUUGAUUACAGUUGCUCAUACUGAUGGAAAUUACUUAGGAAAGUCCUGGCUCGAGAUUCUACGCUGUAUUUCCCAGUUGGAACUUGCUCAGCUUAUUGGCACUGGUGUGAAACCCCGUUUUCUCAGCAGUGGCCAAGCAGCUAACAAUGAUGGCGUUGGUCUUGUUCUUGACCCAUCAGAAAUUACCCGUGGUGGAGUUCCAUUGGAUAUGAAGAAAAUGGCAAUUCUCCAAGAGUCUAUGGGGGAAACCAGUUCCCAAAGUGUUGUGGUCGCUGUUGAUAGAAUUUUUACAGGCUCCACAAGACUUGAUGGAGAUGCUGUUGUAGACUUUGUAAGAGCAUUAUGUCACGUGUCGUUAGAGGAACUAGCUCAUUCCUCUCAUCCUCGUAUGUUUAGUCUUCAGAAGAUUGUAGAAAUAUCAUACUAUAACAUGGGAAGAAUUCGCUUGCAGUGGUCUCGUAUCUGGGAAGUUCUUGGUGAACAUUUUAACAAGGUCGGUUGUAGUCCCAGUGAAGAUGUAGCCUUUUUCGCAGUUGAUUCUUUACGCCAACUAUCUAUGAAAUUCAUUGAAAAAGGAGAAUUUGUGAACUUCAGGUUCCAGAAGGACUUUUUGCGUCCCUUUGAGCACAUCAUGAAGAAAAACAGAUCUCCAACAAUCAGAGAUAUGGUAGUAAGAUGUGUUGCCCAGAUGGUCAAUUCUCAAGCUGCUAACAUUAGGUCAGGCUGGAAGAAUAUUUUCAGUGUCUUUCAUCUUGCUGCUGCUGACCACGAUGAAGGAAUAGUAGAACUAGCAUUUCAAACAACAGGAAAAAUUAUUAGUCACAUUUAUGAAGAAUAUUUUGUGGCAUUGAUAGACUCUUUUCAGGACUCUGUGAAAUGUCUUUCAGAGUUUGCUUGUAAUGCAGGCUUCCCAGACACAAGCAUGGAAGCUAUCAGAUUAAUUAGACAUUGUGCAAAAUAUGUGGCUGACCAGCCCCAGAUGUUUAAAGAUCACAACAUUGAGGACCAGAGUGUUCCUGAAGAAGACAGAGUUUGGGUUCGAGGCUGGUUUCCAAUAUUGUUUGAAUUAUCGUGUGUUAUCAGUCGAUGCAAGCUGGAUGUUCGAACAAGAGCAUUGACUGUCAUGUUUGAAAUAGUGAAGACUCAUGGAGAAAUGUUCAAAGCUCAUUGGUGGCAAGACUUGUUUCAAAUUAUCUUUAGAAUCUUUGAUAGUGCAAAACUUCCAGAGCUGCAGCUGGAGUCACAGGAGAAACAAGCAGAGAAGUCAGAAUGGAUGACAACAACUUGCAACCAUGCUCUGUAUGGAAUUGUGGAUGUCUUUACGCAGUAUUAUGAAAUACUUGGUCCUCUGCUGCUAGAUAAUCUUUAUUCUCAGCUUCACUGGUGUGUGCAACAAGAUAAUGAACAGCUGGCUCGAUCUGGUACAAACUGUCUUGAGAACUUGGUCAUUUCUAAUGGUAUGAAGUUUGAUGACCAAACGUGGGAUAGGACUUGUUGUUGCAUGUUGGAAAUUUUUAAGGAGACCCUUCCUUACAUGUUAUUGACAUGGAAACCAAAUAGAAAUGACAACCAAAUAAUCAUAGCUGAAACUUCAGGCAAGGGUCAUUCACCAAGACAUCUACCCCAACAUGAGCAGAAGGAUGCUAUUGUGAAAGCAGAUGCAGAGAGCAAGGAGGAAAAACUAUUUUCGUCUCUGAAGAUAAAGUGUAUAGUGCAGUUAGAACUGAUCCAGACUAUUGACAACAUUGUGUUUUAUCCUUCCACAAGUAGGAAAGAAGACAUGGAAUAUCUGGCAGCAGCCCAGGUAAAGGCAGACAUUGGCCAUGCCACAGACAGCAAUCAACUGUCUGAGAGUCAGCAGCAUGAAGAACAGGGUAUGUACCCUUACCUGAAGUCUCCUCAACUUCUGAAGAUGGUGGAAUGUUUACAGGAAUCACAUCGGUUUGCAAAAGCAUUUAACACCAAUCAUGAACAAAGAAACCUCUUAUGGAAAGCUGGUUUCCGAGGUAAUGUGAAACCAAACUUGUUGACCCAAGAGACUCAGAGCAUGGCUUGUUCACUUCGAAUUUUAUUCCGUAUGUACCUGGAUGAUUCUCGACAGGAUGCUUGGCCACAGGUUCAGAACAGACUUAUUGGAAUAUGUCGAGAAGCCUUGGACUAUUACUUGAGUCUGAGUACUGAGAAUCACAGAGAAUCCUGGACAAGUUUACUUCUUCUCUUUCUCACCAGGAUUCAUAAAAUGGAUGAUGAAAGAUUUCGUGCCCAUGCUGCAGUUUAUUACCCUUGUCUGUGUGAGAUGAUUUGUCUUGAAAUCAAGCCUGAGCUCCGAGCAGUGUUGAGGCGUUUUUUUCUCAGGAUUGGCCCAGCCUUCAACAUAACUCCAGUUAUCAGCAAAUGACAUGACUCGGUAAUUGGUGUUUUAUGUAAAUACUGAUCUGCUGACUAACUCUAGUCAAGUUCUGAGGUGUGUACAGCCCAUAUCAACAUGAUUAACAACUUAAUGAAAUGUUUAUAUAGAUAGCUUCUUGUGAGCACAUUGUUUGUAGUUCUUUCUCUACUUUUUCUGCCAAUACUGGUGCCCAAGCAGAAGAGGUUUUGGUUAGUUAUGAUUAGUAAGUAUUUUGUAGACUACAUCUGUGAUUUGUUUUAAUGAUGCUAUGCUAAUGUAACAAUAAAAUUACUGCGUAGAAACAUACCUUCUGAGGAUCAAAGAAUGUGAAACAAUAGUUGAAAAAAAAGUGUUCUCCAAAAUAUUUUUUUAAUAUUUUUAUUUCAAUUUUCGUUUUUUUCCUUGAGGUGUUAUUUUUGGUCUCCUGUGGAGAACUUGAAGAUUUUAAUAUUUCAGAAUUUGAUCGUCCAUGUUAAAUCAUAUAGAAUAUAUCUUAGCAGUUAAUUAGGUAACUGUGUGUGUGUGAACAGGAUAAUUUGCACUUAGAACUAAGUAGACAAGAUUGAAAAUAAAGAGUUUAAAUGCAAUCAUUAAAUCUUGUUUAAUUUUCUCAAAUUGUUAACUUAUGAAAUUGUUAAAACAUUGACAAUUGUUUAAAAUCAAAAGUUGUGGAAUAAUUUUAUUCUUGGUAUAAAACAAAGCUUUUUUAUUCUUCAAACAGUGAUUUAAUGUGUAUUUUCUCUUAUAAACUAUGCAACUCACAGCUGUCAGAAUAUUUAAAGUUUUAAAUGGGAAUUAGAGGUAUCAAAAAUUAUAUGAAGUUUUUGUGCACCUUUUCUAUAUGUAAUACUAAUACAUAUAAAUACUUGGUGUUUCAAUCUCAUUCUUUUAACAAUAUUAUUGUGUACAACAACUGUUCCAGUCUUAAAUUUAUAGUUGAAGUGACCACAGUUAUAUUGUUGCAUUUUUCUAAAUGUGUCUUUAAUAUUUUUUUUUUACUAUAUUAUAAUCUUGAUAAUAGACCAAGAACACAACAAGAAUAUUUUAUUAGAACCAGGUUAAUUGAUUGUUAUAAAUAUACAGGUUUGAAAGCAGAUAUGAAUAUGAUAGGAUAUACAAUUAUGGAUCAAGUAGCAGACUUAAUUCCACAGUUAAAGAUAGAUAACAGACUUUUAAUUACAUAGUUACAGUUCAAGUAUCAGAGAAGAUAUCUCGUUGAUUGAAUCUUUUAUAUAUCAACACACAGUUGCUUCAGUCACUGUAUAGAUAGUAGAUAUUUGACUACGUAGUUAAUAGUUUAAAUAGUAGACCAGAGUACUAUUGACUGUACAAUUCAAAUAGCAGUAAAACUAAAAAUGCUGUUUCCAGUGAGAGCAAAUUUUAUUUUUUACUUUUGCAUGAAAACAGCAGUACAUAGUUUACUACAAAAUGUAAACCUAAUAGAGUGAAUUUAAACUUGUACCUAUAAGCAUAUUAGGCCUAACCUAGUUUAGAUAAUAAAGAAAGGAUGUGUUUUUGUUCAAAAUGGGCAUAGCUAAACCACUGGGUACAACUCAGGCUUAUUAAAUAGCAUUUGUUAAAAACUGUGUACUAUACUCUAAACAAUCCCCAUUCAUCAUAGGUAUGAGUCAGUCUGCUUUAUUUCCUCCCAAAAGAUUGAAAUUGCAUUAAGUUCAACUAUCAAUCACAAUUGUAUAAUAUUGUGAUCCAACAACAAAUCAAUUUAUUUUGUGUUCAAUUUUUCUUUAAGUUUUGAGGACAGAUUUAAUUAUUUUUAACAUCAUUUUCAAAGUGAAGAUAGAUUAUAUGUCAUUUAAAAACAGUGUGCUUUUUUCUAGUUGUGUUGCCUCAGUGGGUCAGCUAUAAGUUUAUGAACUUAGCAAUGCUUAUAUCUGAUUCUUCAUGGUGGACAGAAUGCAGAUAACCCUUUGUGUAGUUUUGUGCUAAAAAACUUAAAAUCCAACUUACAAUAGUGUGAGUUAAUCUAAGUUUUGAAAGCAUUUCUUUGAUCACUAUAUAUAUAUAUUUAACAUAACAUAAUGUUUAGGGACAACAAAGGACCUAUUGGACCAUCUCGGCUGUCCCAUUCUCUAAACUAACUGUGUAUUCCUCAGGUCACUGAAGUAGUUAUGGAUAUCAGUGUCAGUAAGGUAAAGUUGUAUGGGAAUAAUUUUGAUCUACAUACUGUUUCGAAAUACACUAUUUAGUGAAAACUAAAUUUUAAUAAAAAAAUAAACUAUUAUUAUUUUUUAUUUUUAAUGAACAACAUAACAUUCCCAACUUAAAAUAGCUGAACAGAUAGAAAUUGCUGAGAAAUAUUCCCAGCUUUUAAUGAUGCUAGUGUUCAAAUAGCAGACAUAUGAUUGCACAAUUACAGAUUAAUUAGCAGACAUUGGAGAAAAAUGUUACGAUUCAAAUAAGAAACUUAAAUAUUGUUCAUGGAUGUUGUUGGCUGCACGGCAGAAGAUCGUGUAACAAAUGAGACAAUAUUUAUCUUAUUAUAAAUCCAAUGGGACAGUGUUACAUCAUAAAUACAGUAGAAUAAAACAGAUAAUUUUAAACAUAAAAGUUAUGAUAUGAAUUAGCAUCUUGGGAAAGAAUAGAGUUGUGAUUUUACCUCAGUUGAUGUUAACGAAGUGUGUGUUACUUUACUGCCUUCAGCCACUGCUCUUGUCAGAUUCUAAAGAAGCUGAGUUGUUAUUUUGGGAAGGAAAUAAAGGUACAAACAUGUAAUUACUAAGAAGAUAAUUCCCAGUUUGUUUGUUUUGUUUUUCCCAACAUAUGUAUUUUUAGGCCAUGAAAACAAACAGAAUGUUGUUUAAUAAUAUCAACACUUUGCACUUAUUAUUCAUAGAAUUGUACAUCCAAGCCAGCAAAAGUUUAAGGAAUGUUACAGGCACAUGUGAUACAAUUAUUAAUAUAAAAAAAGUAAUAAAAGGUAUUUUGAUAAACAACAGCUUUUUACAAUUCUUAAAAUUUAAUUGUUUCCCUUAACUGUCAUUUUUAUGACCCUCUCUUCACAAUACGUCAACUUUAAUAUUGAGUAUAAGUUGCAUAAAAAAUUAAAAAGUGUAAUAGACUGCGUUGUUCAAGUUUCAUUAUCUUAACUUAAUUAGCAUAAACAGUGUGUGCAGUAACACCUGAAUGCUUUGAAAUAAACUAAUGUUAAGACUAAUGAGGAAUGCAAACAUGUCUGCUUUAUUUGUAUAGAAAAUUUUUCCAGUUUUGUACCAGAACUGUAGGACAAAUACAGUUGAAACAUUAGUGUAUAUUUUUACUUUUUGACUGUUGGUUAUACGAGAUAUAAUUUCAAUAAACAUUUUACUUGUAGAAAAAAAAAAACUUUUCUAAUAACUUUAGGUUCAGAAAUAAGUACUUAAUAUAUAUUAAUGUUGAUGAAUGGGAAAUAUCGAGAAAAAUUUAAAUUAUUUGAAAAAUAUUUAUUACUUUGCUUGUGAACCUAUUGAUAUUGAAAAAAAGGAAAUUAGAUGAAACAUUUGAGAAGUCAAGGCCCUAAUAUAUUGUGAAACUUAAGAUGAAAUUUUUAUGAAAAGAAAAAAUAGGUAAAACUGAAAUUUACUAUUUUAUUUCAAAUGGUAAUUUCUGAAUUUUUGGUUGUUACCCCAUGAGGGGGUUGAGUGUCAUCUCCAGGGGAUCACAAGAUGUAAAGUAUUAAUAUAUAUAUAUAUGUGUUUUUUUCACAAUAAACAUAAACACUUAAUUCCCAUUGACAAUAAGUUACAUUAAAAUGUUAUUUAUAUUUUACUAUUUGGUGUAAUAAACAUGAUACAAGAGGGGGUGUGGUUGUGAGUAUGAAGGAAGUUGUGAUAAGCAGUAGCUUGAGAAAUUCUAGUUUGGAGUAUAGUUUUAUUUUGCUACACUUUAUAUAUAGUUUAAGAAAAAAUUAUCUUAUUUGCAUUAAAAGUGUCUUUAUUGAAAUCAUUUAGAAAGAACUGUUUGCUUUCAUAAAAAAAAUAAAGUAAUAGUUUUAAAAUGAAAACUUGUAUGCUAGUUUCUAAUGUUGUUGAAUUUUUAAACAUUUGAAAAACCAAUGUAAGCAUUUUUUGGAGGAUUAUGCAGAUUACUGUAAAAAUAAAGUUUGGAUAAUUAUAAAAACACAAGAGAGAUUAUCAGUUACAUGAAUAUGUGCCAGAGCUUUGACAUCAUGAUGUGUUUGUUACGUCAACUUGGAUAUGUUCGUGUUUUUCUACGCUUAUUUUUCCCUUACAGAUUACAAGCUAACACCUUUGGGCAGAGCCAGUUUUUUUACAUUAAGGAUAGGGGCUUAUAUGUGUAUAAAAACUUGAUCUAGUAUUGUUUUUAUAUGUUGCAUAAUUCUUCCAAGUAUGUAACAUACCAGAUAUUACAACAACACCUUUCCUCGUGUAUUAAACCAAGGUUGCAGAAUUUUACAUUUCUAAACUGCAUUUAGGUGAACUCUUGUAAGCAACCAUGUGAUGUUUUUAGUGGUAGCUGGUCACCCCUGAAACAAAAUGUUAUCAAGAUUAGAAUUACUUUUUAUGGUUGGCUACUUUUGUUCAAGUACAGACAGACCUUCUAUUGUGAAAUCCAUAAGAAAAUUGGACAUGAAUAUUCUACUCUAAUUGCUUUGACAGUUGUUGAUAUACUUUGUGGAAAAUGUUCGAUGAAAUUAUUUUUGUUUUGUCAGAUAUAUCUGUCAAAAUAAAAGUAAACAAUAAACAAGAAAUGUUUUAUUCAUUUGUUUAUUAAAUAAAUAAAUGUUCCAUUAAAGCCAAAAUAUACAAGAUUAAAAAACAUAAAUGGAAAUAUAGGUUUAUAUGAUGUAGAUUUUUUUUUCUAAAGUUUCAAUUGCAUGAAGGCUCAUGGGCAGUUUAUAGUGAAUGAGUUACAUUCUUUGUAUUAGUGGUCAAGAUAUCUAGACUACAGGAAAAAAAGGAAUUGUUAUUUUUAAAAUUUAUAUUUCCUAAAGUCAUGUUAUUCCUUCAUUAAAAUUGAUUCUAUGAAGAAAUUAAUUUUGACUGUAGGAUUCAAUAUGAUGGAACUGUAUUGUUUUUAUAAUGAAGUGUUUCUCAUUAAAAUGAUACUCCAGAUUAAUUAAUACUGUUUUAAUGCUCUUCCUUGCUUAUGGUUCAUAAGUGUGACCUUUACAUAAUUAUGUGUAGAGGUGUUGAUAGUUUGUUUAAUAUAUAUUUUGACAGUCCUUUUUGCUUUAGAUUAUGACAUUGUUGCAUAUGUUUAUCAUUUUGGUGUGACAAUUCAUCAGUAACUAUUGAUCAUAAAACAAAGUGCUGAUAUGAUUGUCAGAUUUAUGUACAGUGUUUAACACACUGGACAUGUUAAGUUGUGUUUAUCAUAUGUUUAUCAUUUUGGUGUGACAAUUCAUCAGUAACUAUUGAACAUAAAACAAAGUGCUGACAUGAUUGUCAGAUUUAUGUACAGUGUUUAACACACUGGGCAUGUUAAGUUGUGUUUCAUAAA